CUUUAAUCCUUGAUCGGUUUAACCGUUAAUUCAAACGAGCUCUGCCGAAGGAUGACUUCCGAUCACAGGAACAGUUCUUUCAUGAAUUCAAUAUCGUUAUCAGAAUCGACUGUGGUUUGCAUUUUCAAACUAUGAACAUAAAAAAAUUCAGUUUGUUCGUUUUAGGGUUUGUUAUCUGUAUAAUAACACGUACCGCCGGCGAAUCAUCGACGUGCUUGGCGGUGUAUAAAGAAGGCGGUGCGCCAGCAGUGUUCCGGUCGCCAAAAUGCCCUCGAUGGAGUUUGCCAAAACAUGAUCGUCGGAGGCAAUCCACAGCUGGGAGAUGUCAAUCGGCUACACGUCAGGGCCGACGAAAAUCUCUGGAAGAUCGCACUUUCUGUACUCUGGACAUCCGGAUUCCUUUUCCAGACCCCAAAGGCAUUAGAGAUACUUCAGUUGGCAUUGUGGCUGUUUUUGAUGGACAUAAUGGUGCAGAAGCUAGUGAGAUGGCCUCAAAGCUGUUAUUGGAGUAUUUCACACUGCAUACUUAUUUUCUCCUUGAUAACGCAUUUUCCUUUUUGUCCAAGACAUCAAGGGGAAUGCUACCCAAUAAGGGAGAACAUGACCAUGCUUCUCGGAUGCUUAGUUGGGAUGAGAAACUGGGUGAACAUGUUCUACAUAUUGGAAGGAUUAAGUUUACAUCAUCAACCAUCUUCAAUGGAGCAUUCCACUUGGAAAUUCUGAAGGAAGCAUUGCUGAGGGCAAUUGAUGAUAUUGAUGCAGCAUUCAGCAAGGAGGCUUCUAGAUACAGCUUCAACUCUGGCUCCACUGCAGCAGUUAUAUUAAUAGCAGAUCAUCAAAUUCUUGCUGCCAAUGUUGGAGACUCAAAGGCUUUCCUAUGCUCUGAGAUGUUCCAGCCUCCUCCUGAAGCUAAAGCUACUUUAGUGAGAUUGUAUAGGAAGAGAAAGCGUGAUGGUGCCUCUGUACGCAUGAAAGACUAUGGGAACUUCAAAUUGGCAGCAUCUGAUGGUUUGACCCAUUUUUCUGUCAAAGAGUUGACCAAUGAUCACCAUCCAGACAGAGCAGAUGAAAGGUCCAGGGUAGAAUCUGCUGGAGGUCAUGUCUUGGAGUGGGCAGGUGUAUCCAGGGUCAAUGGUCAACUUGCAGUUUCACGUGCUAUUGGUGACGUGUCCUACAAAAAGUUUGGUGUUAUAUCUGUUCCAGAGGUGACAGAUUGGCAACCUCUGACACCCAAUGAUAGUUAUUUAGUAGCUGCAUCUGAUGGUGUUCUUGAAAAGCUGAGCUCACAGGAUGUUUGUGAUCUGUUCUGGCAACUACAUACUGAUGCUCCCCUGGAAUUAAUCAACAGUUCUUCAUGUUCAUACUCGUUAGCUGAUUGCAUUGUUGAUACUGCUCUUGAAAGAGGCAGUAUGGAUAAUGUAGCAGCUGUUGUAGUUCCAUUUGGAGUAGAAGCUCUGCCUAGUGAACGAUCCAGUGAUGUCAGAUUGCAGAAUUACAUUGAUGAACAAUCUGAUUCGGAGAAUGCUGAUUCAGUUAUUGACAAGUUUGGAAGGUUAUUGGUUGAAGGAAAACACAACACUUACAGAUGUUUCUAUCUAUCCGAGAGCCUCAAUGAAAAGGAUGACUACACAUUCUGGAUUGCAAAAGAUGAUCAUGACUCUAUAUAUGGCUCACCAGCCUUACCUGACUUACUUGACCAUAGUUAUGGGAGACCUUUAAAUUUAUACCGUGAUCAGAUGAUGUGUUUGCACUAUGGGAGGUCUAAUGGUGGAGAUAGAGAUCAGUGCAUUAAUCCUGAAGGCCUUGCAAGUUUUCUAGGGUUUCUAGAAUCACUCCCUUCACAUACCAUUGAACCAAAUCAAGAAUCAUAUGAACCCACCUCUCCUAACACCAGGUAUAUACUGAAGAAAAGAUUUGACCGAGGAUCAUAUGGAGAAGUUUGGGUUGCUUUUCACUGGAAUUAUCUCCAACAAAGAAAUGAUUCAAACAAAACAUCCCAAUUUUACACCACUCAUCUUGGCUCCGAAAAUGGAAGCACAACCCAAACUAACUUUACUUCUGGACCUCUCGAUGCUGACAUGUUCAUUUUGAAGCGUAUAAUGGUAGAAAAGGGGAACGCAGUAUACCUAAGCGGUUUACGGGAGAAGUAUUUUGGUGAAGUUUUUCUAAAUGUCUCGGCGUCUCCUUCAAAAGAAUCAUAUCCAUAUAUGUAUAGUUUUUUAAGAAGGAAUGAUUCAGAGGAUCAUCAUCAACCACCAGAACAUAUGUCCUCAACAAGGAAAAGACAGGCUUAUGAAGAAGGAGUGAAGCAUAUUGCAAGAUAUAUCGAGUCAUUUGAGUCGAGGUCAAAUGAGAUAUGGCUUGUAUUCCGUCAUGAAGGCGUAUCAUUAUCAAAACUUUUGUACACAGCAGAAGAUGUGGGAAGUAGUGAUGACACAACAAAAAAUGUGAAUGAUGAUCAUAUUAAGCAUAUACGUAUACUGCAUCCCUCAAACUGGUGGCACUGGUUGAAGACUACAAAAGCAGGCCAAGAUGAAAUUCGCAAUCUUAUAUGGCAGUUGUUAAUGGCACUCAAGUCUUGUCAUGAUCGGAACAUCACCCACAGAGAUAUUAAACCUGAGAACAUGGUUAUUUGCUUUGAAGAUCGGGAUACCGGAAGAUGCCUGAAAGGAAGCCCAAGUGGAAAUAUGAACUAUACCACUAAAAUGCGAAUUAUUGACUUUGGGAGUGCAAUAGAUGAAUUUACUAUAAAGCAUUUAUAUGGGUCUGCUGGACCUUCAAGGAAUGAACAAACAUAUGAGUAUAUGCCUCCAGAAGCUUUUCUGAAUGCUACUUGGUCUCAAGGGCCAGCAAGCAUGAAUACAAAGUAUGAUAUGUGGAGUGUUGGGGUUGUGAUGUUAGAGUUGAUUAUAGGAUCACCAAAUGUGUUCCAGAUAAAUGCCAGAACUCAUGCCCUUUUAAAUCAACACCUUGAAGGUUGGAAUGAAGGAUUAAAGGAGCUGGCUUAUAAACUUAGGUCAUUCAUGGAAUUAUGCAUUUUGCUCCCGGGGAGUUCCUCAAAAGGGAAGAGGACAGGGUCACCAGCUUCAUGGAAAUGCUCGGAGGAAUUCUUUUCAAGUCAGAUAAAGAGUAGAGAUCCUCUUGGAAUAGGGUUUAGUGAUGUUUGGGCUUUGAGAUUAGUGCGCCAACUAUUAGUUUGGGAUCCCGAGGAUCGAUUAACUGUGGACGAGGCUUUGAGGCAUCCUUAUUUUUCAAACCAUACAACAACUACAAGACAAUGAAAUUAAUUAGGUAGCUGUGAACUGUGAAGUCAAGACAGGUUGAUAGUUAUUUUUACAUGUAUAUAUCAGGACAGGUUGUUGGGUUUUUAAAUGUAUAUUACCUCUUAUAUGUAAAAUGUCUAGUCAACGAUUUUUUUAAUGACUAAGUUUAUGAUCUGUUGUUAUUUAGCAACUUACCAAUAAUCAAAAGGAAAAUUGAUAAUGUAGCA